AUGGCAAAUUGUCCGUCCUCCUCCUCCGCCCGAGCCAUCCCCGCAACUCUUCUCCUUCUUCCCUGCCCUAACCUUGGCGGUUCUUCUCUGCUUCGCGAUUUAAGCCGCGCCCGACUCCACUUCCUCUUCUCGGUUUCCUCCUCUCCUCUUACAUCUUCUCCUCUGCCGACGCCGAGCAUCAGCCACAAGAACUCCGGCGGUUUCGCUCUUUGCCCUAGCCGACCCCUUCAUUUGCCGGCGAUCUUCCCUGAGCCGAGCAUCACGCCGGCAGCCGACCUAUUGCCUUUCCCCUGGAGUCCCAGCGCCGACCACCACAGUGUCGUGGCCCUUUUCCCUCUUCCCAUCUUCGUCAGUGUGUCUCUGUUUAAUAGUGCCGAAGACAAUACCGAGCUGUGUUUUAGCCGGAUCUUGGAGGGUACUAGAAUUCCAGAAGAGGGUAAAUUGCUGUGGGGUUUUUCUUGGAUCCGGCAGUCAUUGCUUCCAGCAAAAUUCUUUGAUUUCCAACAGCAAGAACGGCUGUGGAAAUUGAGGAGAAUGAUCACUUGGGAAUUGAUUGAUGAAGCUGUUGGUCGAGGAUCCCUUAUAAAGCCCAUUGAGGGUGUCUUCAACCUCCUUGAAGGCGCCCUCAUUCGCGGCGUGUAA